CAAAACACCAAAACACCAAAACACCUACUUGUUUCUUACAAGAUUUGCCACCAUCAUCAAGAAAUGUCUCUCACCUUCYUCUUUUUCCUGCUCUCUUCUCUUUUCUUUUCCAUUUUGAUCUUCCUUUUCUUCAAGACACUUUCGUCUUCUUCAAAACCCUACAAAAACUUGCCACCAUCUYCACCAAGGUUACCAUUAAUAGGAAACCUGCAUCAACUCGGCUCAAGCCCACACCAUGCCCUCCAGGCCAUGGCUCAAACCUAYGGACCACUCAUGUUGCUUCGCCUCGGUACUGUGCCGGUACUCGUAGCCUCCUCUGCUGAUGCAGCUCGCGAGAUUAUGAAAACCCAUGAUUUGAUCUUUUCAAACAGACCCAAGAUCAAAAUCUACAGCAUACUUACUUAUGGCUCCAAAAACAUAGCCUUCUCGCAGUAUGGAGAGUAUUGGAGGCAGGCAAAGAGCAUUGCAGUGCUCCAUCUGUUAACCAACAAAAGGGUUCARUCGUACCRACGAGUGCGCGAAGACGAAACRUCUGUUUUGAUUAGAAAGAUUSURGAAACCGGUGAAUCGGUGGUUGAUUUGAGUGAGUUGCUUGUUUCUCUUACGAAUAAUGUUGUCUGUAGGGUGGCUUUUGGGAGGACAUACGAGGGGAAGAAUUUUAAGGACUUGCUCGGAAGGCAUUUGGAGUUGUUGGGAAAAUUUAGUGUCGGGACUUAUAUUGCGUCGUUAGCGUGGGUGGAUCGGUUGAGUGGGUUAGARCRAAGAGCCCACGACGUUGCUAAWGAAGUGGAUGAGUUUCUUGAGGAUGUUAUCGAAGAACAUACAAACAAGAAAGCGGUUGAAGUUGAAUGCCAAGAUAUCGUUGAUAUCUUAUUAGAAAUUCAAAGAGAUCGUACGAUGGGUUUUCGUCUUGAAMGAGACGAGAUCAAGGCUAUCGUCAUGGACGUAUUUGCUGCUGGAACUGAUACUACAUCCACGAACCUCGAGUGGGCGAUCAGCGAGCUAUUAAGACACCCACAAGCAAUGAAAAAGCUACAACAAGAAGCAAGAGAAACAGGCCAUGGAAGAACAAUGAUCACCGAAGACGACUUACACAAAAUGCCMUACCUAAGAGCARUCUUGAAAGAGACUCUACGACUACACCCUCCAUUCCCGYUGCUUGUUCCUCGUGAAUCGACACAYGACGUCAAACUACUCGGCUACGACAUWGCAGCAGGCACACAAGUGAUCAUCAAUGCAUGGGCRAUAGGAAGAGAUGGUUCAUCAUGGACAGAACCCAAUGAGUUUCAGCCAGAGAGGUUCUUGAACAGUCSUAUCAGUUACCAAGGGUUUCAUUUCGACUUGAUACCGUUUGGUGCGGGACGACGAGGAUGUCCUGCGAUUCAGUUUGCCAUGGUUAUUAACGAGCUUGUUUUGGCUAAUUUGGUGURUAAGUUUGAUCUGUGUUUGCCUCAAGGGGGCUGUUUGGACAUGAGCGAGACUACUGGUCUUACUGCCCAUAAAAAACAUCCUAUACUUGUUACAGCAACUCCUUAUUCAGACGUCUGAGUAAAAAUGCUUUGUUGA